CUGCCGUCUUCCGUGACUCUAUCGUCUUCUGGCUCCCGUCCUUCUUAAUUGACCAUAUCGCGCGCGCUUAAUCUUCUUCUCUUUCCUCACCCACACCCUCACCCACACCCACCAGGUCAGCAAAAAUGUCUGCCAAGUUCCAGGACGAGGCUGUCACCUCGAUACGGGAGGAUACAAAGGAAUUGGUCCACAAGGUUGGAAACCGGUUGACUGGCGAUGGCUAUCUCGCUCUCUACCUUCGCCAACUGCAGUCGAACCCCCUGCGCACUAAAAUGUUGACCUCCGGUGUCCUGUCCAGUUUGCAAGAAAUCCUGGCCUCGUGGAUCGCCCAUGAUGUCAGCAAGCACGGUCACUACUUCAGCGCCCGCGUCCCCAAGAUGGCCCUCUACGGAAUGUUCAUCAGCGCCCCGCUGGGCCACUUCCUCAUUGGAAUUCUGCAGCGGGUCUUCGCUGGCCGGACGAGCAUCAAGGCCAAGAUCCUGCAGAUCCUCGCCAGCAACUUGUUGGUCUCCCCCAUCCAAAACGCCGUGUACCUGUGCUGCAUGGCAGUUAUCGCGGGCGCGCGCACCUUCCACCAGGUCCGCGCUACCGUGCGGGCCGGUUUCAUGCCCGUCAUGAAGGUCAGCUGGGUCACCUCGCCCAUCGCGCUGGCCUUUGCCCAGAAGUUCCUCCCCGAACACACCUGGGUGCCUUUCUUCAACAUUGUCGGGUUCGUCAUUGGAACCUACGUCAACACGCACACCAAGAAGAAGCGUCUUGAGGCUCUCCGCAAGGUAAAUCAGCUACGUGACGAUCCCGACGCGACCAGUCGCUAACCUGAGCACGACAGCGCUACGACCAACGCCGUGGACCCGGUAGCGAGUACGACAAGGGCGACUACCGGUAAACGAUGUAAAUAUACUGUAUCUAGCUUAUGACUACCGACAGGGAAAGGGUGGACUUUCCAAUAAUGGUCAGUUAGAGCAGUCCGUUCAC